GGGGAACCUGCCGCCCGUGAGAUUGAGCCCCCCGAGCCUGUGGAGUCAUGGCCGCCAAACCCAAGCUCUACUAUUUCCAGGGCAGGGGCCGGAUGGAGUCAAUCCGCUGGCUCCUGGCGGCCGCCGGAGUGGAGUUUGAAGAAGAAUUUCUUGAAACAAGACAACAGUAUGAGAAGUUACUAAAGGAUGAACGCCUGCUUUUUGGUCAAGUGCCUAUGGUGGAAAUGGAUGGAAUGAUGCUAACACAGACCAGAGCCAUUCUCAGCUACCUUGCGGCCAAGUACAACCUGUAUGGCAAGGACCUGAAGGAGCGAGUCAGGAUCGACAUGUACGCUGACGGGACCCUGGACCUCAUGUUGAUGAUCGCAGUGGCCGCGUUUAAAACCCCCGAGGAGAAGAAAGAAAGCCUGGCUCUUGUAGUGAAGAAAGCGAAAACCCGGUAUUUCCCUGUGUUUGAAAAGAUCUUGAAAGAUCACGGAGAGGAUUUUCUUGUUGGCAACAAAUUCAGUUGGGCAGACAUACAGUUGUUUGAAGCUAUAUUGAUGGUGGAAGAACUCGAUGCAUCUGUCCUUUCUGAUUUUCCUCUACUACAGAAGUUUAAAACCAGAAUCAGUAACAUCCCUAACGUUAAGAAGUUCCUGCAGCCUGGGAGUCAAAGGAAGCCGCCCCCAGACAGCCGCUAUGUGUCUGUGGUGAGGGAAGUCCUGCAGUUCUAAGGCUUCUGGUCUGAGCACCGCAAAGAGGAGCAACUUGGUCACCUCGUCAAUAUGCGUCACCACCUGAGCAGUGUAGAUUGUAGAAGUAAAAUGUCUGCAAAAAAAAUAAAUGCAUCAUCAUAGGAUCAUCAUAGCAUCAUCAACAGCAACCCCUAA